AUGGCCAAGGACGCUAUCGUCAAGUUCCAGAAGAGCGCUACGUCCGAGGAGAAGCAGAAGAUCAUCGACGACAUCAAGUCUGCCGGCGGCACCAUCGUGCGCGACGACAACGUCGGCUCGAGCAUCUUCCCGUUCGUCGUCGUCAACGUCUCGCCCGACCAGUUCGCGUCGCUCAAGUCGGGCCUCGCGGGCUCCAAGGUCGUCUCGCACAUCGAGGAGGACCAGGAAAUGACUACGCAGUAG